CUAUUGUAAAUAAUCAAAGGAAAAUGGCGACUGUGUACGUCUGGUUGCUGGUUUUAGGGUCUGUGGUCUUGUGCAACCUCGUCAAAAUGUUGUUACCUUCAAUUUCCUCCUAUCUGUCCAAAGUUUUCCAGAAGAAUGUGGAAGAUGAGGUGGAGAUGAGGGCAGAGAUUCAGGCCAUGAAGAAGGAGCUUUCUUCCAUCAACAUGAUGGACGAGUUCGCCAGGUACGCACGGCUCGAGCGCAAGAUCAACAAGAUGACGGACAAGUUGAAGACUUAUGUUAAAUCCAGAACUGGUCAGCAGACCAAAAUCAAAUGGGUCGUCAACAUAGUGUACUAUAUUCUGCAGGCUGUGCUAAUGAUCUCUCUGAUCUGGAAGUACUAUGCUGACCCAGUGACGGUCCUGCCCAGUAAGUGGAUUUCUCCUCUAGAGCGAAUGGUGGCCUUCCCAUCUGGAGUAGCAGGUGGUGUUGGAAUCACAUGCUGGCUCGUUGUUUGUAACAAGGUAGUGGCUAUAAUUCUCCAAGCGGUGGCUUGACAGCCUGAAAACUUGACUGUCUACUGUGAGACCAAAUUAUGCAAUUGUUGGUACUUUUGUUGCUAUUUCGUUCAAUUUAAUGAAAAGGGUUUGUAAAUAUUUUUCAUACACUGGCCUUGAUAUUUAAAUGUUUUGUGUUGAGACUGUUGUUGUUUUUUACUGCACCACAUUUUGAUAAACCAGCAGGGUUGUUUUGUUGCAUUUUCUUUCUUUCCAAAUCCCAUUCCUCUUCAUGAAACUAGUGUGAAAUAAAUUGUGGCUUAAUACUUUGGUUACAAUUUGUUCGUUUUCUAAAUGAUUCAAGCCAUAUCACUAUUUUAUCAACAUGACACAGUGUUCUGCUUUCCAUUUGUGUUUGUUGGUUGCCUACUUUUCUAACCCUCUUCCAGAAUUAUUCUUGUGGUUGACAUAUCAAUAAAAACAUGCAAAAUAUAA